AUGGCUACCAGACCAGCGCUCUUCACCCGUGGCCUCUCGGGCCUGUCCCAGAGCACCACCGACCCCAACUCGCCCAGCGUCAGCUCCCCAGCCGACCAGCGUGACGAUGCGAAGCGCAACUUCCUGAAGGCCAUGCGCCCGCUGCCGACACAACACUACUGGAACGUCUACUUUGACAAGCAAAACAAGGACCAGAAGGCAAGCAAUGAUGAGGAGUACAAGGUGCAGCUGGAGCAGCUCGGCUCCCAGAUCGAGUCGGUCCAGGACUUUUGGAAGUACAACAACAACACCCCCGUCGACCAGAUUAAGAUGCGCGAGUCCAUCUACCUCUUCAAGCAGGGCUUCAAGCCCAUCUGGGAGGACCGCCGCAACAUCAACGGUGGUGCCUGGACCUUCCGCGUCCCCAAGAACAUUGGCCCGGACGUCUGGACCCGUGUGCAGCUGCUUGCCAUUGGCGAGAAGCUGCAGAGCGUCCUCGAUGACAACGACCAGAUCUGUGGCGUAGGCCUCUCGGUCCGCUUCAACUCCCACCUCAUCUCCAUCUGGCACCGCGACGGCUCCAAGCAAAAGUCCAUCGACGCCAUCCUCGAGUGCGUCCUAGAGGAGCUGCCCGCUGAGCUCCGCCCCAAGCCCGACAACUACUUCUACAAGCGUCACCAGGAUCACCAGGGCUUCAAGGCGCCCCCCGAGCUCCAGGCCGUCAUUGACUCGCAAAAGGCGGCCGCCGAGAAGGAGAAGGCAGCCGCUGCCGCCGCCGACACGACGGCUUAG